UUUGACACUACAUUGGCAGCUGAUUUCAAAUAGAUUUCUUCUUGUUUACAGAAGUAGGCAUACAGAAGUUAAAACGAAAUAAUUGUUUAUUUUUUCCCAACAAGUUGUAAUUUUCUUAUGAUUUAAUAUGGAUCAAAAUACUCAAAUCUCCUCCGCCGAAGAGGAAUUAAAGAAUUUUGGAAACUUUUUGACAAAACACGACCAACUUCUCAAGGAACUACUUGCCAAAUCCCUAAACAACACAAAAACAAAACCACAAAUUGAUAAAUUCAAUCAACCGAUUAAAGUCAAUUAUGACUCCAAUCAAGAGAACCUUCCGCUUCUCAAAUUAAUUGAUUCAGAUAGAUUAUUGAACAAAAGCAUUCUCACUUUUGCUUAUCUUUGCAAUGAAAUCGAUGAAAUUGUCGCCACAGCCAAAGCCAUGCAAAUCAAAUUUUUGUACAUCGACGAAGAUCUUUGCACUUUAGAAGCCAGCGAUGACGAAAUGAUGAAAAUUCUAGAUAAAACUGAAUCUGCUGAAUCCAAGAACAUUCAGCAGUACUUGCAGAAAAUGAGUUCCUCUUUGGAAUUUCUGUGUAACAUUCAGUUCCUUGUUCAGCGAUGUAUUCUUCUAGCAAGCAAUGUUUUGCAUCAAUGUGGAGCAUUUAUUGCAUUUGAAAACCAAGUUUUUGAAUUUAAAUUUUUUAACGUAUUUGAUAGCUUGGGAAAUAUUUUGUUUCACCUUAUGAUUUUUGAUGAGAUUCUUUCGAAUUCUAAUUUUCAUCGAUUUUGGUCAUCGUACAGAAAGACAGUUGAAAAAAUCACACGAAAUAGUAAUAAAUUCGAUUUCUGUUCGAAGGCUGAAAUUGUUGGUUUAAUCAACUGGCUUAACGAAUUGGAGUUUCUCUUCUCGGGUAACAUUUUUCAGAGCUUCCUCGACAGCACUUUUAUGAUUAAAGAAAAAAUUGGACCUAAAGCUUUAAGUCAGUUGGGUUCACAAUUUCAAGACUAUCUAAGAAUGAAGUUAAGCAAAAUCGAAAAGCUGCCAAUGGAUUUGUGCGAUUUUAGUGAGACCCAAAUGAUUGUCCAAAUGAAUGCUUUAUGUGUUCUUUGUCAUGAUUUUUUUGGACAAUUCGAUUUGAAACUUCUCAAAAUUAUACAAGAAUCAAACAACAGACACAUGGGCAUAACUCUGGUUGGAAAUAUUGUAUGGACACCAGGAGAUUUUUUGAAAAAACACGCCGAAACAUUAGUACGACCCUAUGAAAAACAACUAAACGACACAACCAAGCAAAGACAAGUUUAUCUCGAAAAUCGUGUACAAAACUUACAACGUGAUUGUAAGCUAUAUUGCAGUCAGAUAUCUCUGUGGAUAAUAAAUGUUAAGAAUGCUCUCAAGUCUGCCACAUGUGAACUUAAAGUGGAACAAUUCAAAGAACAUGCCAAUAUGCUAUUGCAGGGACUCCAGUACUCGGGUCAAUUAAGUUAUAUCAUUAAGGCAGUUAUUAAUAUGCACAUUCUACAGCAAACAACAAUGACCAAAAGCACUCUGCUGGCUGUUUGUAAAUUUAUUGAAAUGUUGAAAAUGAUUCAACUAGUUUUCCAGAGUGAUGUUGAGAGUGUUGCAAAAAUUAUCAAUUGUAUUGUUCAAUAUUUGCAAUACAAGGCUUUACAAAUAAUUGCAUUUGCUAAGAAAAAAAUUACCAGCACAACCAUGCACGACAAGAAUGUUGAUGCUUUAGCUGCUUUGAAAAUAUGUGAAAAGUGCCUACAAGGUCCUGCUACUCGAACUAGAAUACUAGUUGCUUAUCUCGCUGUUAAUGCCACAAAUUCCGCAGGUCGAACACUUCCAAAUGACCAAUACGAGAGAUUCACCAUCAUAAUGCAUCGAAUCGAACUACUAGCAACAUUUCAGGAAAAUCUAGAACAACUCUGUGAUACAUCUUUUAUUUAUUGGCAUCAGAAUCUUUUGUCUGUCUACUUAAAGCAGAUAGUUGAAAAGAAAAUGGAUUUCAAUUCGUUUCAAUUCCUCGUAAAAUCCAGUAAUGAUUGUGGCCGAUCGCUAGAUAUGCUAAAAUUGGGUAACAUAAAAUUGGCAGACAUGUUGAAAAAAUCAAAUUUUGAAAGCUUCAAAACUGAAAUCACAAGUAAUUUGUGCGCACAGAUUGAAACAUUUCUUCGAUUGGAGGUUCAUUCGAGUUUGCAAUUGGAGAAAAUGAAUCCAUUCGAUCAGAAUAUCAAUGACUACAGAGAUUUAAUUAAUAUAUGUCCAAUUGAAUUAAAUGGACAAUAUGUAAUAUUACAAGAUCAUGUGGAGAACUAUUUGAGCAAUAUGUUUUAUAACUUAACGACGAUAUCAUUGCACGAUUGGAAAACGUAUAAAGAAAUGCGUCAACUGGGAAAUUAUAGAUUGAAUUUGAAUCCGAUCGAAGAUUAUUUACCAAACCAGACAAUUGAGCAGGGUAUAGACGUUCUUGAAAUCAUGCGAAAUAUUCACAUUUUUGUUUCAAAAUACGUCUACAACAUGAACACACAAAUAUUUGUGGAGCAAAAAAGUUCAAACAAACAUUUAGAUACAAUUGGCAUUCGACACAUUGCCAAUUCACUUCGAACUCAUGGAACUGGUAUUAUAAAUACCACCGUUAAUUUUACCUAUCAAUUCCUUCGCCAAAAAUUUUACAUAUUCUCACAGUUCCUCUUCGAUGAGCAAAUAAAAUCUCGUUUAAUGAAAGAACUUCGUGCAUCGGUGGAGAAUAAACAAAAUUCACGCAAACCCUAUCCGUAUGAACGAGCAGAUGCAUUUAAUAAGGACAUUCGAAAGCUGGGAUUGUCUCAAGAUGGAAAGACGUACAUGGAUUUAUUUAGAACUGUAAUAUCACACGUUGGUAAUGCCAUGGGUUAUAUUCGCCUUGUAAGGUCAGGCAGCAUACACGCUAAUUACAGCGCCAGCAUUUUUCUCCCCAAAUUCGAUGAAAAUCUGAAGUUUGUCGACUAUGCCAAGAAAGAUCAACUAAAUGAUGUAUCUGUUGCGGCAGCUGAAAAUCUCGAAACCAAUAUUCGUAAUUUAUCAGAGAGCUUCUCUGAUGGAACUGAUUAUUUUAAGAUUCUAGUUGAGGCAUUCCAACCAUUUUUCAGUAAUCCAAAUAAUAUCCAUUUGAAGAACGUAUAUCUCAUUAUUCCAGCUCUUACACUUAACUAUGUUGAGUACAUUCUGAAUGCCAAAGAGAAAAUUCACAAGAAAGAUAAACAAGAAGCUGUUCUAUUCGAUGAUGGUUUCACGGUUGGUUUGGCUUAUAUUUUAAAGUUAUUAGACCAAUAUAGUGAAUUUAAUUCGCUGCAUUGGUUUGAAACGGUUACGGAACGUUUUGAAGCUGAACGUAAGAAAAUCAAUUUGAUGAGGAAUGAAAUUAAUUCUAAUGUUGCUGGACGUAAAGAUGAAAAUGAGAAACUCCAACAAACGCUGGCACUGACUGAAAAGCGAAUAACCACACAUCAAAUGGAAUAUAAUUUACUUUAUUAUAAUCUUUGCAGUGCGAAGAUAUUUUUCCAUUAAUUUUCAAUUAAAUUGUAAAACAUUUUAUGUGCCUAAAAGUUAAAUUGAUACACAAAGGUUAUUAUUUUUGUUACAAAUUGAAAUUUGAAAUUAUUAGUUAUAAAAUGUAAAUAAAUCAAAAUAUUUAACAUAUUGGGUA